CAAACAACCUUUUUUUUUUUUCCCCUUUUAUUAAAAAAAAAAAUGAUGACAAGCAGCAACGAAACACCUGUGAUUGCAUUUAUCGGUGGAGGUAAUAUGGCUGAAGCCAUUUUAGGCGGUCUUUACACACAAGUACCCCACCACACCUUACGAUUUUCAGAACCUUAUGCUGAACGUCUUCAAUACAUGACACAAAAAUACCCAGGUGUCAUGGCAACCGACAACAAUGACUUGUGUGCCACAGGUGCCGAUAUCCUUAUCCUAGCCGUCAAACCCCAAGUCCUCUCCACCGUCAUUCAAAACUUAGCUCCUACAUUACACCUUCAUCCCAACAUGCUCAUUAUCUCUAUUGCUGCCGGUAUUCAAUCGGAAGCCAUUUUACGCUGGUUGAACCCUGUUGGUUAUCAAGCCCCCCUCGUACGUAUCAUGCCCAACACACCUGCCUUAAUUGGUGAAGGUGCCGUCGGUCUCUUUGCCACAGCUUCUGUCACACAAUCUCAAAGAGACUUGACAGAACGUCUUUUACGUACCGUCUCUAAACAAUUAUCCUGGGUAGAAACAGAGUCUUUGAUUGAUGCUGUGACUGGCAUGAGUGGCAGUGGACCUGCCUAUUUCUUUUUAGUAAUGGAAGCCAUGGAACAAGCUGGAAUUGCCGCUGGUUUAACCGCUGAAGACUCAAAGGCAUUAACAUUGCAGACAUGUUUGGGUGCUGCCCGUAUGGCACAAGAAUCCACUGAUGAUCUUGCUACUUUACGACGCAAGGUGACUUCUCCCAACGGUACUACAGAAGCAGCUGUCAAGUCCAUGGAGAAUGCUAAUAUUCGACAAUUGAUCCAUGAUGCCGUGUUUGCUGCCACUGACCGUAGCAAGGAAUUAGCCGAAGAAUUAGGUAGAGCUUAAAAAAAACAGGCCUUUUGUCGAUCAUUUUUUUUAAAAAAAAAUCAUAAUCAUAAAUCAUAAUCAUAAUAAUAAAAAUAAAAAUGAAUCUCAGUGUUUGGGUUAAAUAAA